GCCCUUCGAUAAAAUCAGGAACUUGCGCUGGCCCUGCAAUGUCAAGGGAGGGGGCUCACGCAGGGCGCCUGUAGCUCAGGGGCAGGCCCAAGCCCUGCGCCCGGAGUCCGUCCAGCCCCCCGACGGGGCUUCCCAUCCCGAGGGGCUCCGCACUGGCCCCCACCGAGGCAGGGGACCGGACCGGAGCUCGGCUGGAUGUUACAGGCGUGCAAAAUGGAAGGGUUUCCCCUCGUCCCCCCUCAGCCAUCGGAAGACCUGGUUUCCUAUGACACGGAGCUGUACCAGCACCAAACGCAUGAAUACUACCCCUAUCUCAGCAGCGAUGGCGAGAGCCACAGUGACCACUACUGGGACUUCCGCCCGCACCACGUGCACAGCGAGUUCGAGAGCUUCGCCGAGAACCACUUCACGGAGCUGCAGAGCGUGCAGCCCCCGCAGCUGCAGCAGCUGUACCGCCACAUGGAGCUGGAGCAGAUGCACGUGCUGGACACGCCCAUGGCGCCCGCCCACGCCGGCCUCGGCCACCAGGUCUCUUACCUGCCCCGCAUGUGCCUGCAGUACCCCUCCCUGUCCCCGGCCCAGCCCAGCACGGAUGAGGAGGAGGGCGAGCGGCAGAGUCCCCCCCUGGAGGUGUCCGAUGGAGAGGCCGAUGGCCUGGAGCCAGGGCCGGGCCUCCUGCAUGGGGAAACAGGCAGCAAGAAGAAGAUCCGCCUGUACCAGUUCCUGCUGGACCUGCUGCGCAGCGGGGACAUGAAGGACAGCAUCUGGUGGGUGGACAAGGACAAGGGCACCUUCCAGUUCUCGUCCAAGCACAAGGAGGCGCUGGCGCACCGCUGGGGCAUCCAGAAGGGCAACCGGAAGAAGAUGACCUACCAGAAGAUGGCCCGCGCCCUGCGCAACUACGGCAAGACGGGCGAGGUCAAGAAGGUCAAGAAGAAGCUCACCUACCAGUUCAGCGGGGAGGUGCUGGGCCGCGGCGCCCUGGCUGAGCGGCGCCACCCGCCCCACUGAGCCGGGGGAGCUCAGUGCCCACCGGCCUCCCUGCUGGCAUAGCAUUAACCCCUCCCCCGCCCGGACACAGGGAGGGAGGCGCCGGGGGCCAGGGCAGGACUGCGUGGGCCAGGGGCGCCUCACCGCUCACUCCCCCCCCCCCUCCUCCAGGCCCCACCCGCACCCCUGCUUCGCCUCCCACCGGGACGCCUGCCCUGGCUCCAAGGCACCUGGGUCUGGCCCCGG